AUGGUGAGCGGCCGCGAGCGCCUCCUCCUCCUCCUCCUCCCCCCGGGACCCCGGCCGGCGGUUCUCUCCCUGCUGUUGCUCCUGCUGCUCAGACGGGACGCGGUUGCUCAGAAAGGUGAUGGAUGUGGAUAUACUGUCUUAGGUCCUGAAAGUGGAACAUUUACAUCAAUUAAUUAUCCACGAUCCUAUCCCAAUAGCACAGUGUGUGAAUGGGAAAUUCGAGUAAAGCCUGAACAGAGAGUUCAGCUCAAAUUUGGGGAUUUUGAUAUUGAUGAUUCAGAUUCUUGUCAUUUUAAUUAUGUGAGGAUUUAUAAUGGAAUUGGACCUACAAGAACAGAGAUAGGGAAAUACUGUGGUUUGGGCCUUCAGGUGGACAAAUUAAAUGAAUCAAAGAGUAAUGAAAUUACAGUACAGUUCAUGAGUGACAUUCAUUUUUAUGGACAUGGGUUUCUUGCUUCAUAUUCAACAAUAGAUAAACCAGAUUUAAUAACAUGUUUAGAUACUGCAAGUCACUUUUCUGAGCCAGAAUUCAGCAAAUAUUGUCCAGCUGGUUGUGUGCUUCCCUUUGCUGAAAUUUAUGGGACUAUUCCUCAUGGCUAUAGAGAUUCAUCUUCCCUUUGCAUGGCUGGUGUACAUGCAGGAGUGGUAUCCAAUGUUCUUGGAGGUCAAAUUAAUGUUGUAAUCAGCAAAGGUAUUCCAUACUAUGAAAGCUCUCUGGCUAACAAUGUUACAUCAAAAGUAGGUCCUCUGUCUUCAGGUCUCUUCACUUUUAAAACCAGUGGUUGCUAUGGGACCCUUGGAAUGGAAUCUGGAGUAAUUGCUGAUUCACAAAUUAAUGCAUCCUCAUUUUUAGAAUGGCCUGAGCAGCUGGGUCAACCAAGCACUUGGAAGCCAGAAAGAGCCAGGUUGAAAAGACCUGGACACUCUUGGGCAGCUUUUACUAAUGAUGAGUAUCAGUGGUUGCAAAUUGAUCUAAACAAAGAACAGCGAAUAACAGGUAUCAUUACAACUGGCAGCACCUUAGCAGAGUACCAUUAUUAUGUCUCUGCUUAUAGGAUUCUCUAUAGUAAUGAAGGACAGAAGUGGACAAUAUAUAGAGAACCUGGUGUUGAGAGAGAUAAGGUAUUUCAAGGCAAUGCAGGCUAUUAUCAGGAAGUUCGCAAUAAUUUCAUUCCACCCAUUAUUGCUCGCUUUGUUAGAAUAAACCCUUUGAAAUGGCACCAAAAAAUUGCAAUGAAAGUAGAAUUGAUGGGAUGUCAGUUUAAUGUUGUUCGGGCUCCAAGACCAUCAUUACCUCCACCACGCAGGAGCAACAAUGACUUUUCUUUGCAGAUUGAUAAAACAACCAUCACCCCUGAGAUUAAGAACACUAUGUUUACUCCAAGUGUAACCAAAGUUCGGUCUCCAAGAGCAUCAUUGCCUCCUCCACCCUGGAGCAACAAAGAUUUUCCAUUGCAGACCAGUAAAACAACCUUUGCUCCUAAGAUCAAGAAUACUACAGUAACACCAAGUGUUACUACAGAUGUAGCAUUGAUAGCUGUUCUAGUACCUGUGUUGGUCAUGGUUUUUACCACCCUCAUCUUGAUCUUAGUUUGCUCCUGGCACUGGAGAAACAGAAAAAGAAAGUCAGAAGGAACAUAUGAUAUACCUUAUUGGGAUCGUGCAGGUUGGUGGAAAGGAAUGAAGCAGUUCUUUCCUUCUAAAUCUGUAGACCAUGAAGAAUCAUCUGUUCAUUAUAACAGCAGUGAAAUUAAUUGCCUUAGAUCAAAAGAAGUUACUACUGUGUUACAAAGUCAAUCAGCAGAGUAUGCACAACCACUUGUGGGAGGAAUUGUUGGCACACUUCAUCAGAAGUCAACUUUUAAACAUGAAGGAAAAGAAGCAAGUUAUGUUGAUACAGAUUCUUGUAACACCUCAGAACAAGAAAUAUAUCAUGCAUAUGCUGAACCGCUCCCAGUUACUGGACCAGAAUAUGCAAUACCAAUAGUGAUGGAUAUGUCAGGGCAUCCUGCAGCUCCUCCAGGCAUUGCUUCUGUAUCUACCUUCAAAGCUUCAGGGAAUCAAGCUCCUCCAUUAGUGGGAACUUAUAAUAAACUUCUUUCUAGGGCAGAAAGUCCAUUAUCACCCACACAUAUGCUGUACGAUACACCUAAAGGAAUGCCAGGACUGAGCCUUCCAAAUGAAUUGCUAUACCAGGUACCACAGAAUAUGCCACACUCCACAGAAAAUAAAGAAGAUAUAAGUUAGAGUUUUCUACAGAUUUAAUCAGUAGAGAAAAAGGUCAGACUUUUGUGUUGUGUUGAAAAAAAAUAUGAGAUUAUAGGCCCAGGACAAUAUGUGUAUUGCUCUUUUGAGGGCCAAUAUACCACUACUGCUUUCUUGUACAGAUUAUGAAAAACUUGUAAUUCACUACUGAUGGGCACUACAUCUCGUUAGGCAUGAAAAGUUUAAUCUGUGCCUAAUUAGUGUGAAUACAUAAGUCAUUUAGACUCAUCAAUAAUUAUUCUAUACUCUAUAGGAUGUUGGGUCAAAGAAAGAUAGAAACACUAACAGUCUGAUAAUUAACAAUUGAUAAGGAUAUUCAUAGCACUGUGAAAGUAAACUAAACAUGAAACUGUCAUUUUUAGUAAGUAUUACACAAAACUGAAAUUGAUCUCUGCAAUGAAUAAACAAUUUCUAUAAAUAAAUUGGUAUACAAGAGGUCCAGAAAAACUAUACAGUGUUAAUCAUUCUUUUCUGGUUAUUGGAAAGACUAACUUCAUUUAAAUACUACUCUUUUGUUCAUGUUAAAUACUGUAUAGUAUUUUUCAUUUACUGGAUGUAGAUUCCCUAAAGAUGGAAUUCGCACUAGAACUUUCUAUAUAUUCUUUUUCAAAGACAAUAGUUCUCUUGCUUGCCUAGUAAAUGAUGGAUUUCAGAUUUGGUCCAUUUACAUAUUCACUAGGUAGCUUUCUUUUUCAGCCUCAGGUUUCCCAUGUGCAGCAUGGGCAUAAGAAUGAAUCUACUUGCAGGGCUAUUUUAACAAGGUGUGUUAGUGAUUUAAGACACCCGAAGUGUAAUAUAAAUACUGUUAUAUUAACAUUAGACUACAGAAAGCUUUACUGAGGAUUUAUUAGCUGCAGAUGUAAUCUUUUCAGCUAAGAAUAUAGUUUAUAAAAAAUAACCACCUACCCACCCUGUUGAGGCUUUCUCCCACAGUAAUAAACUGUAGGCUUUGAAGGUGAUUUUUUUUUAUUUUGAAAGGUAUAAGCACAUCAACAUAUUGUGCGUACAUUUGCAAAGACAGAUCAGGAUUUUCAUACAUUUAUAAAUGUACAGCUUUUUACAAAUGUUUUAAAAUACUUUUAUACCUUAAGAAAAAUACCCCGGUAGCUUUUAAAUUGUGAAUUCUGUUGUCAAUUAGAUUAAAAUGUGGCAAAAAAAAAUAAAAACAAAUUGCUGCUUGAUGUGGACCGAGAUUUAAAUUAUUGUUAAUGAGCUGAUCAUUUUGAAAGUUCAAAGUUAUAUGUUUAGCUUAGAAUUAAAGGUACUUAAUUUUGUAAUAAUUCACUUUUUUGAAAUGUAUAUAUUUGGACUGAUUAAUGACCUUAUGCACAAUGAAAAGUAUUGAACACAAAGCUGUAUUACAUUGCAAUUUCAUUUCCCUUUUUACCAUGUUUAACUAUGUAUCAAGAAAGUACAUGAAAAAAUACCAUUUUAUAUUGCAUUUAUCAGCACUGUAGUGAUGACAAAAAGGAAUAUCCUUUAAUAUGCAAUAGCCCAGUUUUAUGGACUUUUAAAUGUGUUGUGAAUGUGUAAGUCAAAAGACCAUUGUGUAUAGUGUUGCUAAAUACACAAUAUCGUAAGUUAGCUCACUGGUAAAUUUAAUCCUGACAAUCACAACUGUGUAAUAUAAAAUGAUGUUUAAUUUCAAUUUUACAGAAACUUGCUCUUGUGCCUUGCUCCAUUCCUCAUGUUUUUAUUUAUAAAAAUUAUAUGUAACUUAUUUUUAUUCUGUAACUAUGGUACUUCUAAGGGCUGAAUGUGUGAGAACAAGCGAUGUAUAGAUUUUAUACUUCCACAUAUUCUUUGUAUUCAUUCUUUUAUGUGAUUCUUUCCAACUCAUGUGAGUAAAAUACCUGCCAGAAUGGACUGAAGAAAUUUGUGUUAAUAUAGAACAUACAAUAACAGGGUUGGGAGAUACUUUGGAGAUUUUCUACUCCAACCCUCUAUUCUAUGAAAAAAUGUUAUGAAAUGUUAUGAAAAAAUGGUUGUCCAUCUUCUUGAAAAUAUCCAGUGAUGGAGCAUCCACAACUUUUGCAGGCAUGCCAUUCAACUGAUUAAUUGUUCUGUCAGGAAAUUUUUUCUUAAUCCUAGGUUGUGUCACUCUUUACUGAUCUUCUGUCUGUUACUUCUUGUCUUAUAAGCUUCGUUCUGCUGCUGUUAAUAGACUUAUUUGCUGUUUUAUACUAAAUCAUAGUUCAUACUAUGCUAUGGGUAUAGCAUGUGGUUAUAACAGACAGUUCCCGAUAGCAUAUAAUUAUAUAAUAUAUAAUCAAUAGUUCUGUUUGUUAUCAAAACACAUUUCUAGAAAGAAAACAAAGGAAAGUAACUCAAAGACUGAAGUGAUAAUGACUGUUUUGCAGUUAUCAGUUAUAACUUUCAUUUCUACUCUUAGUUUAUGAUUGGAAUUGGAACCUAAGUUCUUCAAAUUGAAUUGUGUAGGUGCAUUUAAUGAUCUAGAUCAAGUUGGAUGCUUUACUAUUUCAUUCUGAUUACACUUUCGGUAUAUAUUAACAAUAUUGAUAGAUUAACAUUUAAAAACUAUAUACCGUG